UACACAAAUACGACAGAAGCGUUUGUGAUUCGAAACCCAGGUGGUAGAAUUACCACCGGCCUCCAGUCGCUGCUCUUUGUUGACACAUUAACGGGCGGGCAAGCUCUUAAAGAUAUUGUCAUUGUUCACCAUCUCGACUGCGGCUGCACUCAUAUUACCGACGAUAUCAUUAAAGAUGCUUUGAAAGCCAAGAGUCCCGAACUGGGCGCUGAGAUUGAUAACAUUGUCUUUGGCACUUAUUCUGCAAAGAAUAUGCAGCAACACAUAAACAACAUUGAAACAGACAUAAAAUUCUUGAAGGAUUCGCCACUCGUGAGAGAAGAGUUGAAAGAGCGGGUUCAUGCUUACAUUUUCGACCUCCAGAGUGGCAAACUAAUUGCUGUGCCAACCAAUGAUUAGUCCAGAAGGAAGAAUUGUCGAGUUGCUGAUGGUAGUAGAGAGUGCUGGAUUGACACGACGAAUAAUUAUUUGAGUUUGAAGUCGG